AUGGGUUCCCGGAGGCAAUACGAUCUACUCUUCAAGCUGCUGCUAAUCGGUGACUCCGGGGUCGGCAAGACGUGCAUCCUCUACCGCUUCUCCGAUGACGCAUUCAACACGACCUUCAUCUCAACAAUCGGCAUCGACUUCAAGAUCAAGACGAUUGAGCUACGCGGGAAGAAGAUUAAGCUUCAAAUUUGGGAUACGGCCGGCCAGGAGCGCUUCCACACGAUCACCACAUCAUACUACAGGGGCGCCAUGGGCAUCAUGAUCGUCUACGACAUCACGAAUGCACGCAGCUUUGAGAACAUCACCCGCUGGCUGAGGAACAUUGAUGAACAUGCGUCCGAGGACGUCGUACGAAUGGUGAUCGGCAACAAGUGCGACAUGGGCGACCGCCGUCAAGUCAGCAAGGAGAGCGGCGAAGAGCUUGCCGCUCGACACGGCGUGCGCUUCUUGGAGACGUCCGCCAAGGCCAACAUCAACAUCGACACCGCUUUCUACGAGCUGGCCGAAGCUAUUUUGGACCGGGCGCCAGAAGAGCGUGACCCCGCCCCGGUGACGGUGAACCCCGUGGAUGGCGGCGGACGCGGCGGCGGAUUGAACGGCUGCUGCAAUUCCUUG